AUGGUCCGCAACAUCCACAUCGCCGUUCUCGAUGUCGACAUUCCGGCGCGCCGACUGUACGAAGCACGCGGCCUCUGCAGCGCACACUUCCGCGAUAUCCUUCGCGAAACGGCUUCGCACUUGAACGAGUCAACCACGAUUGAUGAUCCGAUUAGUAUUACCGUCACUGCUUAUGAUAUUCGAGGAGGCCAUUAUCCCGAUUUUCAUCUGCUUCGUGGCAGCCGGACCCAGGAGCGUAUGCCCGUUUCCAACCCAAUUGAUGCAAUUCUGAUCACCGGAGGCUCUCCGGGCGUCUAUGAAAUGCCUCACUCUCCUUGGAUGCAGCUCCUGGAGAAGUUUAUCCAGACUGUUUACAGAGACCACACCGAGGUGCGCAUCAUGGGCACUUGCUUUGGACACCAACUUAUUUCUCACGCGCUGGUUCGCGUGCCGGAGGAUCCUGUCCGUGAUGUCUAUGUUGAGAAAUGCCCACUUGGUCGGGAGGUCGGUAUCUACACCGUUCAGCUUGAAGAUGGGUUCUUGAAGCACUUCCCUUCCGCUCUUGGUCAUCUUUCUCAGGGCCAACUUCGCAUUCAGAUGUUCCAUGGGGAUCGGGUCAUGGCUGUGGAGAAGGGAACCACGGUGACUCUCACCGAGUCCCCUCCUGUUUCGCUUCCGGCGCCCUGGAUCAAUAUUGGAAGUACCCCUAUCUGCCCUAUUCAGGGACUGUACAACCCCGGCAGAGUUCUGUCGGUCCAGGGACACUAUGAGAUGGAUGCCUUCGGCAUGCAGGAGAUGUGUGUUGAGAAUGCGCCCGUCAUGGGCUGGAAAGAAUCCAAGUUGGCUCUGUUCCUCGAGCAGGUCGGCCCUGAUAUGGAGGAGAGACAGGAUGAUGCCAAGUCCUUUGCUAUCGCCGUUCUUUCCUUCCUGGCUGAUCUUGAAGUUUGA